AUGAGGAAUCCGAUUGUCGAGAGCCAUGCUGUUUUGUUAUUCUCUCCAUUUCGUACACUCAACACGGCUUUAAAGGAUAUGAUGGAAAACAUAAUUGAGGGAGAAUCUAUUACACCAGCCAAUUAUACAAAGGGUAGAGGCUUAGGUAACAUCAAGAAAGUUGCGCUCGCCUUGGAUGUUAUGGCUCUUCCAAGUUUCAACCAUCCGGUGACCGGCGGCAACACUCGACAGAGACAGACUGAGGUGCCUUCCGACGAUAACUUCUUUUGCCACUUCUUACUCCUGCUGUUUUCAUCGAGUCCCAAAACGGCCAAUGCUUCUGUUGGCGGAAGUGUCGUGGCACGGCGUGGCGUAGUGGUCACUGAUGAAACUGUGUGCUCGAUAAUCGGACGGGCGGCUCUGUAUCGAGGCGGGCAUGCUGUUGAUGCAGCAGUGGCCGCCGCAUUUUGCCUAGGUGUCAUCAGCCCGUCUUACAGUGGCAUUGGCGGCGGAGGAUUUAUGCUCGUCCGACGGCCAAUCAGAAUGCGAGAAAUGGCUCCCCAACGAGCUUCCAAGGACAUGUUUCGUAGCGAUUACAUGAAGCAGCAGAUCGGCCCUCUAUCCAUAGCCAUUCCAGGACAAGUUGCGGGCAAAGCCCACUCAAAAUACGGGAAACUCAAAUGGGAAUCGCUCGUGAAGCCAGCCGAGAAUCUCGCGCGCAACGGCUUCAACAUCUCACACUCCCUCUUCAGGUCCCUGAAGGGCUUCGAGCCGUACAUCCUGGCCGACCCAGGGCUCCGAGCUAUAUUCGCGCCGAAAGGGAAGCUCCUUCCAUUGGGAAGCACCGUACAUUUCGUGAAGCUGGCAAACACGCUGGCAGCCUUAUCGAAAAAUGGGCCGGGCGCAUUUUACAACGGGCCGAUUGCAAGGAGCCUGGCCAGAGAUAUUCAGGCGGCGGGUGGGAUUCUCACGCUGGAGGAUUUGCAGAGAUAUCGUGUCGUGAUUAGGUCACCUUUGGUCGCUAACACGAUGGGUUAUCAGUUCAUUACGAGCCCUCCACCUGCUUCGGGAGGUGCCGUCAUGAUUCUCAUUAUGAAGAUUCUUUCGAACUAUAACAUGACUGGUGUGCACAUCACCUUGGUGAUUCAUCGUCUGAUCGAGGCGCUGAAAUUCGCGCUUGCUCUCAGGACGAAUUUUGGAGAUCCCGAUUUUGUGAACGUCACUAGUACCUUGGAAACCAUGAUCUCGACAAGUCAUGCGCAAAAGUUGAAGAGCUUGAUAAAUGACAAUAAAACAUUCGAUCCGACUCAUUAUGGCAGCAAGUGGGGUCAGGUAUACGAUCACGGAACGACUCAUGCAUGUGUCGUGGAUGAAAAACGUAAUGUUGUUAGCAUGACGAUGAGUCUAAACUCUUACUUUGGUUCGAAGUUUGUGUCACCAAGUACAGGCAUAUUUCUCAAUAACCAAAUGUAUGAUUUCUCGAUCCCGAAUAGAGGCACCCUACCACAAUCGCCUGCAAAUUUUAUUCAGCCGUAUAAGAGGCCUUUGUCUUCCAUGGCGCCUACCAUUAUUCUCAAGGGAACACAGGUGAAGGCGGUCAUAGGGGCUGCCGGGGGAUUGAUGAUACCUAAUGCAGUCACUGAAGUUUUGGUAAAUUACUUUCACCUUCGCAUGAAUCCACUUGGUGCCGUUCUUGCCCCAAGAUUUUAUCACACGCUAUAUCCGAACGUGCUUUACCAUGAGGAGUACAGCUCUGCAGGGAGUGAUAAGUACUCGUGUGGACCGGAGAUUUUGAAAGGACUGGAAAAUAAGGGCCACAUGCUGCAAAAGGGGCAUGGCUGGACUAUUUGCCAGUUUGUGGUUCAAAACUUGGAGGGUCCAAAUUCCGGUAAGCUUAUGGCGGUUACCGACCAGAGGAAAGGGGGUUCUCCGGUCGGAUAUUGA